AUGUCAUAUUCUUCAUACAACGAAAGCAGAACACACGGUCCGCUAAACGAAUUAGCGAAAAUGUUUCUACAAACAAUAGACCGUGGAACAAAUUUAGCAAAAAUAAAGAACGAGAUAAGAGAACAUGUGAAGACAAGAAAUAACCUGGAACCACCACAAAUGUUGGAGAAUUUAAAAAGACCCAGAUAUCAACGACAAUUUCGAUGUUUAUUAGGUUAUUGCUAUGAGACGGGUGCAUUGGGUUCGAAAGUUAAUUUACGGAAAGCUGUACAUGAAUAUAAAACUGCUGCUGAUAAUGAGUAUACUUAUGGUCAAUUUUUACUGGGAAAAUGGUAA